GCCCGCAGCCCGUGUUGAGGUCGAUCUUCUUUCCUAAAUUUUGUUUGUAAUAUACUUUUCGAUAAGUUUAAUGUGGCCCUAAGCAUAGCCUUUGAUACCUAGAAGAUUUUUGUAGUCAUCUUUUAUCUUUAAAACAUUAGAAAUUGUACUGAGCAAAGAUUUACCGAGUGACAGAUGUUUCAGUGAUAAAUCGCGCCAGUUUUUGACCAAUUUCAUAAAAAAUACUUAAAAAUGGAAGAAUCGACUGUCCAAAAUGUAUCUGAUGUUGAUACCGAAAAUCAAGGAACAGAUCCGGUUGCAGAGAAGUCGGCGGAUGUCAGCUUAGAAGCUGUGGAUACUUCCCAGUCCUUGUUUCCUGAGAGUCCAGUGUACGAACCCAAUGAAGAAGUAGAUACUGGAAUCCCAGAGAAGGAGACGAGAUUGGAAGAAUCCGAAGCCACAGGUGACCCACCAAUAACAACGGUUAAAAGAAAACUCUCCGAAGAAGUACUUGAAAGCGAUGCAAAAGUACAAAAAUUGGAAAUCAUUGAUAUAACUGAUGAAACUAUGAUAUCUACUCAGAAUUUAGACGAUGAAGUAUCUGAGAUUAAUGCAAUUGAGGAAAUAGAAGAAAAACCUACUACCUCAAGAUUGCAUACUCCAAUUCAAUCGAGUCCAAAGAAAAUAAAACGCAGCAACAGUGUUGAAGUAAAAACAAUUAGUACACCAAAGAUACCUAGAUCUGCAAGCGUAGAUAUUACUGUAUCACCGAGUAAAGUUAAAAUUAAUCUGAAAGAAUUCUCAACAUCGGAGUCUAUACAACCUAUUAGUACAGAUUCAUAUAGUUCGAGACCAAGCGUUGAAUUUGUGGCUGAAAUACCUCCAAUUAAAAUACCAGAGACAAUCGUUGAAGAAAGCUCUGAAAUUAAUGAUUCACAAGAUUUCCAUUUAGAACUUUCACCUACUUCUGAUAUUGAGGCAUUGGAACAAAAACCAGAAAUCAAAACUCACUAUAAUAGUGAUCCAGUGUUAGUUAAAAAUAGAGAAGAGAUUUUAGAUCCAGGUAAAAUUCAACCUAUAAGAAGUGAAGGAUAUAAUUACUCCGAUCUGAGUAGCAAUUUGUCUCAAACACUUCCGAAAGAGUAUAGUAAAGGUAAAACUACAGACCAAGAAAGUACUGAUAGUGCUUGUUCUGUUUUAGACAGUCCAGAACAUUUACCUAGCGUACCUUCGAAACUCAUUUCUAAAUUAUCUAACGGAAACUCUUCAACACCUACAGAAAUAGCUCAUUCAAAGCAUAUAGAAGAUAGUGAUGGUACACCUGAUUUUGUCAAACUAAACGGUAGAAAGAUGAAAAAAGGUAAAAAUGAAUCUUUCCGAGCUAGCAAUGCGACAACACCAUCAACAAUAUCUCCUUUACAAAAUGGCCACUCGUUACCUAUGAGUACUCCACAAAUACCAUCAUUUGAUAUCCAUGUAAGUCAUAAUGAGGACUUUGAAUUCUUAUCAUUGUACAUCGUGAGAACUGACAAUGACACCGGAAUAGAAAUGUGUAAAGAGUACCAAAGAGUUUCAAAGAAGUUUUCGAUAGAUCCAUACUUGGGAGAUGUGUCAGUUAGUACAUCACCAUCCAGUGUUACCAGUGCUGGAAUGAUAAAUCUACCGAAUAGAAUCUCUUUCGCAUCAACCGUCAGUACAUCAUCGACUUCAAGCAAUAGAACAAGCGAUGGAGCAUUUGUAGUUCCUCAACCACCGAGAAAAUCAGUUUCAAACCCGAGUGUAUCCGUCAAAGGAUAUGAUGCUCUAAUGAAAAAGCUACACGACAUAUUUUCGCAUCUCCGAGACACUUCAAUAGACGAAGGCAAUCGUUCUCUAGCAGAAGAUAAAGUAUCUAUCGGCAUUCAAACAUUAUCAAGUGAAACUAUCAGUAAUGGGAAUGCAAGCCCGGAUGAAGUUAGUAAAUGUGAUAAGGCAACACCUAAAAGUUCAUUAAAAAAGACUAGAGUUAGAGGUCGCAGACAUAUGGGCAAUAAGACCAAACGAGCAUUAUUACCAACACAAACCGAAGAACCGGAACACAUGCAUGGUAUGAAUUCACCUGAAAUGGUACCAACUAACGGAGAUAAUGGCAAAAUGUCACCUAUAAAAUCACCUAAAGACGAGAAACCUUUAUCAACUUUAGUUGGAACACCUAAAUCUAUUACUAAAUUGAAACAAAAACGUCGUCCUACAUCUCCUAGACCGGCAACACCUGUAGAAAAAGCUAUAAUAAAACCAGAAUAUCCCGGUUACCAACCAGACACGGUCGUCUUAGCCAAAUGGGUCGAUAAACGUUAUUAUUCCGGUAAAGUACUAGAAAUUACCGAACCUAAUAAAUAUUUAAUUAAAUUUGAUGACGGACAGAGUAAAGUAUUGUUGGAUGAAUUUAUAAUUUUCGGUGAUAUGAAGAAGUUACCUUUGCAAGGGCAAUCUGUGUACGCUUUAGUUGAUGAGGAACAAAACUAUGAGCCCGGAUUAGUGCUUGGUGUUGAAGAGAAUGAUAACGGCAUUGUUACAUAUAAAUGCACAACUGAUGGUAUUGACACAACAGUAAUGGUGACAGCGAGUGAGUUGUACUUAACGGAGGACCAGGCGAGGUCCAUUAAAGAGACCUCAAGGUCCAGGUCUCCCACCGCACCUUCUACACCCAGGCGACGACACAACAGGGAGCUAGACUUAGAUAAUAUUAUUCAGGGUCCAAGAAGUGCUCGUAGUCGAGACAAGGGAAAUUCUAGUGCAAGGAAACGUGUUGUGUCACCAAAGAGCCCUAAAGCAUCAACUUCAGGUGUGAAGACAAAAAGUACUCCGGUUAGUAGAAAACGUUUAGCGAGUGAGAGUAGUGAGAUAAGUGAAAGUUCCAACUCCGCUCCACCAACACGGCUCGAGGAAGUGGCAGGUGUUGAGCCCGAGGUGCAGAGGACUCCGAGGAAGAUAGAUGGUGUUAAAGCCGGUCCUUUACAAUUAAAAGGCGCGGCGAAACAAAAUAUCGGCAAGAAGAACUCUAAGCUGGCAAAGUUUGAGAAUGACGCGGACACCUGCAACACUCUCGGGCCAAUUGUACGCGACAACAAACUGUUUGAGGGACAGCACUUUCUCCUCACUUGCACUGAGACUCCCAGACGAGAGGCUAUGCCAAAGUUCCAAGAAAGUCGUCACUACUCAUCAGAAGAAGACAGUGAGGCUACAUCAGCACUCGGAGGUACUGACACCGAGGACCUGGUGUUCUGUGAUAAGCCCUUCAAUAAGGAACGACUUAAGGAGCAAUUAGAGGCAGGCGGAGGAAUUGUACACAGUCAUUUCGAUGAUGUGCCAAAGAGUAAAUACUCAGUUUGUAAGCUGAUUGCACCGAGGCCUUGUCUCACCGCUAAGUACAUCCAGUGCUUGGCUGCAGAUAUACGAGCACUGUCUCACGGCUGGGUUAUAUCAAGUUGUCUGCAGAAAACUGCACUCGAUAUUGAUGCCUUCGUAUUACCAGCGGGAUGGUCCAUAAUCAAAGAUAUGUUUAUUAAUUGGGUCCCAUCAUCAGGCAAACGCAAUUCAACAUUCUUCAAAGACAAAGUAAUCCUGUUAUGCUGGGAACAGGACACAUUUGUUAAAUUCUGGGAUCGAGUAGCAUCUCUAGCUGGAGCCACCACCAGAGUUGUUAACGAGGAGAAUUUAAACAUGUCCGGGGCACUUGCUCUGGUCACCGACUGUGAUUGUCCUCAUGAGGUCCAGAAUAAAGCAAAUCAAGACAACAUUCCGUUAGUGUCAACAACUUGGGUCGUUCAAUGUCUGAUUGAAGCAAAAGUGCUCGCUCCGACCAGCCACGAUAAGUUCUCAUUUAUGUAUACAGAACUCGAAUGAUCCUGGGACUUUAAAAAGAUCCUCAUUAUACGUGAUUUUUGACACUAAAGAGGUUUCUUUACGAUAGUGACGUUCAGUGAUAAGUGAUAAGUGACUUAUGGUGUGUUCAAA